AUGUCAUCCCUCGGCCAGUCCGCUAGCAAUUCUUUGAAACGCUUUAUUAUCGGCUAUGGCAAAGAUGAUCAGCCGGAAAGGAAGCCCAGGCUCUUGAAAUGGAGGGCUUCGAAGUUCGUCAUCAUCGCCACAGUGGUUCUAGGAAUAUACGUCGACAUAUUUCUCUACGGAAGUACUGUUGUUGUUCUUCCCUUCGUUCUCGAAAGCCAAGCAGGCGUCGACCAUGAUGAGAUUGGAAAAUGGACCGGCUACUCGAUGCUCACUUACAGCCUGGCCUCCCUGAUUAGCAGCCCAAUUGCAGGAUUUCUCGCCGACAAAGCACAAAAUCGCCGAGGACCACUCCUUUUGGGUCUGCUGUUCUUACUCGCCGGCUGUAUCUGCCUCUGGGUUGCAUCCAGCAUCGCUGUCCUUCUCUUUGGUCGUUUUCUACAAGGCAUCAGUGCUGGUUUCGUAUGGAGUAUUGGACUGGCUCUAAUCGCGGACACGGUUGGAUACGACGAGGUCGGCGAAGUGCUGGCUCAUGCCGACAUCUCCCUCUGCUUCGGCCUCGCCUCCGCCCCUCCGAUAUCCGGGUCUGUCCUCAAGAAAUAUGGCAAGGAUGCAGUCUACGCUUUGGUUCUAGGCUUGAUUGUCCUGGAUGUUUUCAUGCGACUCUUCCUCGUCGAACGGAGGGUCGCAGAAAAGUUUGAGCAUGCCUCCGUACUUGGUCGACAGGAUUCAUCGGAGGGUGAGGGUGGCAGCUCAGAAGAUCCCGAAGAGAAAGACGAAGAUUCUAGCUAUUGGGAGUACGCUUCGGUGCUCUUCAGGUCUUGGAGGAUACUCGGUGCACUUAUUGGAACCUGGGCUGUGGCUCACAUCUUAAUCUCAAUCGAUGUCGUGGUUCCUAUCUUUUGCGAGGAAAGGUACGGAUGGGGUCCUUUGAGAGUUGGCCUAUUGCUCUUUACCUUCUACGGCCCAUCCCUGCUCUGCAUCCUCACCGGGAGACUCGCAGACCGACAUGGGGGAAAAUGGCUCGCAAUCGGCGGGUUUCUAGGCUGCAUCCCAUCUUUUCUCGGCUUGACCACCGUGGAGAUGUUUUCUGACGACGACGCCCCCCCGAUCAUCUGGGUUCUGAUGGCUUGUGCAGGCAUAUCGCUGUCUUUUGCCAACACUCCAGUCAUGGCUGAAAUUGUCUACGCUCUGAUGGGCAAGCAGGAUCGGUAUCCCUCGCUUCGC